GAAAUCAGUGACUUGACUAUGUCGUCGAUAGCAGCAAGUAAUCGUGCUAGUGAAAUGUGGAACAAUAGUGUCGAAGUGAACAAUCAGAGUAGUAGACAAAAACAUUAUAGUUAUAAACCUUACCCAGUGGUAUCCCCCAGUGGUUAUAAUUAUCAAAACAACUUUUACCCACAAAAUUGUAAUUAUUCCAAUUCGUUCGGUGGUAGUUAUGGCGCUAAAGUUUACGGUAAUAAUAACCAACAGAGUAACGCUGUGGUGAAAACGGAACCAGGUAAUUGGCCUAAUUAUCCAAUAAAUUACAUGAAUGACAAUAAUACAAACUUGGAAAUGGUAAACAGAUGGAGAGAAAUGAGUUACUAUGCACAGCAAUAUGAUAACAAUUAUAAUUACGAUCAAAGAAUGAAUCAAUAUACUGCCCAAAAUGGACAGGAGCCUAAAAAUGAAGAUCAAAGACUUGUCAAUUCACCUGGUCAAUGUAGUAUCCCAGAAACUAACUAUGGAUCUCCACAAAGUACGUCAAGCCAUUUGAAACCAGCAACACCAGAAACAGAGGAUUCUCCUAAUCUACGAGCACUUUUAACAAAACCACAAAUGAAAAAGCCUAUGCCUUAUUUUGUUAAGUCUGAUAAGCCCUAUGCGCAAGAAAUGCAACAGAUGAUGUUUCACGCAGACGAGAUUACUGAUUGGGAAAAAAACAAUGAGAUAUCAGCAGGGAAAGAAUGUAAUUUGUCGCAAUUUCAUGGUGGAUACGAGAGUAGCGAGGGUCAGACGUCAGUCAAGAGUAAAGGUGCCGUGGGUGGGGCGUCGGUUGCAAAAGAAGACGCACAGUCAUCGCAGGAGCCGCCGGCGGAGCCCUGUCAGGACGUGACGAGGGUCGCACCAGGCGGGGACAAUGUGAAUUACGCAGAAAACAAAAUGGCCGUUGCACCCGAAGCGCAAGGAUACUAUCCCUGGAUGAAAGGUGUUGGUAGUGAAGAUAAAAAAGAAGGAUCAAAAAGGACAAGACAAACUUAUACGCGCUUCCAAACAUUAGAGUUGGAAAAAGAGUUUCAUUUCAACAAAUAUUUAUCAAGACGGCGUAGAAUAGAAGUAUCACAUGCGUUAGGUUUAACGGAGAGGCAAAUAAAAAUAUGGUUUCAAAACAGACGAAUGAAAGCAAAGAAAGAUGGUAAACUAACAACAUCACCGGAUCCGUAUGCAGCUGAAGAUCAAGGUGUGACCAAAAUGCCAAAUUUAUCGGAGUACAUUGACUUGCCAGUUCUUUCUGAAUAUCCUAAUUAUCCUAUGGGUUCUGUACCUCCACACCAUUUAAGCCAAAUGACAAAUAAUAUGACAGAGAAUUGCAUGAUUCCUUACAGAGGUAUGGUUCCUAAAAUGUGACCGCAGUAUUUAACUUUAUUUAAAUAAUUAAGAAAAUUAUUAACGUCUUAUAUCUAUUACCGAUUUUGUUCCAGUUGUAAACUGGCAUCUGAUGUUGAUGUUACCAAUUUUUCAUGUGUAUAUAUAGUUAUAUGUAAAGAUAUAUAAUCAUCCUUUCUUGUAACUAGAUAAUUUUAUAAUAUCAUAGGGUAAAUUUAACUAUCACAAUGUUAAUUACUGGUUGUAGUCCACAUGAGUUUAAAAUAGCUUUACUA